AUGACCCGCGACGAGCUGUUGGAGAGUUUGAAGCAGUUAACUGGGCCAGGAGCAGAGGAUGAGAAAAAGCGAAGAGUAAUUAAGUGGACCCAGACCGAGAAGGGUAGGAGACAAGCUGCCGAAGCCCAAGCUCGUAAUAGGGAGAAAAGGGAGAAGAAGAUUGAGAAAAUUAAAGAGAUCCAGAUGCAGAGGGAAAUUAAGAUAGCAAGAGAUGCACAGAGGGCGGGACGUAGGGGAAUAGCCGAGGCAAAACUUAGUUGGGACGCAGAACAUCCGGAAGAGGUAGCAAAGAGGCGAGAGGAUAAUAAAGGAGCGAGGAAGCGAGCAGCCAAGAAAGCAAAGAAGAGACUCAUGGCAGAGUCCCAAAUUGCUAGGGAGCUGGGGUUGCUGACUACAGCAGACAGAAACAUUGCGGAGUCGGGAGCUACUCGUAGUGUGGGGGAGGGAGUUGUCGAGACUGACGCUAUGAACGAUGCAGAAGAGAUGGCUGAUGACGAUGCUGAUGUCAACACGAUGAAGGGUUUGAGGUAUUCUGAGAGCUCGACAUUCAGUCUGCCUAUCAGGGGAAGACAGGCUACUUGUAUUUCCAAUGAAGAGGUAGAGCAAUUCUUUUUGCAUAAACAUUCGAGACCGAAUUUGAAGAAAUGA